AUGUCCAUCGACGCUGCUGUCGGUGGUGCUCUAAAGAACAAACCUUACCCUGACGCUUGCGCUCUCAUCAAAGAUAUGGCACAAAACCAUUACCAAUGGGAGUCAGAACGAGCACAAGUGGAGAAAAGGGAUACCAUAGGAGGAAUACAUGAGGUAAAUUGUAUGGACAUGAUAAGAGCUAAAAUGGACGCUUUAGCCCUGAAGGUUGAACACAUGUCUGCAAAUCCUAUAACUGCAAUAGCUGUAGAUUGUGAAAUCUGUGGAACCAAAGGACAUCUUGCACCAGAAUGCAAUCUGUUAACUGAAUCAAACUCAGACCAGGUCAAUUAUGCCCAAGGAAACCCGUUUUCAAACACUUACUACCAUGGAUGGAGGAAUCUCCCAAACUUCUCUUAUAAAAACAAUAACCCUAUUCAAAGCUCUACACCUCAAAGAUCACCAUGCUUUCAAUCUCAAAUACCAAUCCAACCUAUGCAGGUCGUUCCUCAAAAGCCAAACCUUGAGAAAAUAAUGGAGAACUUCAUUUCGGCCCAAACUCAGCAAAACAAAGAGUUCCUAAACGAAGAUAUUCCUGUAAAUGAACUGAUCACACAAUUAGGAACUAAGGUUGAUUCGAUAAUCACUCACAAUAAGAUGCUUGAAACCCAAAUCUCACAAAUAGCACAACAAGUCCCUCAGGCCACUCCUGGAGGGCAAUUUCUUGGACAACCUCAACCUAACCCCCGAGAGCAAGCUAACGUUGUUACCCUACAAAGUGGGACCACUUAUGACGAACCUGUAAAACCAACCUUGAGCGGAUCAGAGGCUUCUAAGAAAAAUUUUGUGUCUAGAGAUGAAGUGAUCGAGAAAAUCCAUGUAAAAAUCCCAUUCACCGAAGCCACCACCCAGAUACCAUCUUAUGCAAAAUUCCUUAAAUACAUCUUGACCAACAAAUGUAGGCUUGAUGAUCCCAAACCUUUAGAGUGUAACUCUAUUGUUGAGAAUAAACUUUCUAAGAAGGAGAAAGAUCCCGGAAGCUUUUCCAUACCUUGUAUUUUAGGGAAUAAUGUUAUAGACAAUGCAUUCCUAGACUUGGAAGCAAGCAUAAGCUUAAUGCCUUUAGUAGUUUGUAGAAGGUUAAACCUAGGAGAAUUGAAACCGACUAAGAUGCCUCUUCAAUUAGCCGAUAAAUCUGUAAAAUAUCCAAUAGGAAUAUUAGAAUACAUUCCAGUUAGAAAUGGCCAACUUUAUAUCCCAACAGAUUUUGUGGUAAUGGACAUUAAAGAAGACAACGAAAUACCAAUCCUCCUUGGUAGACCUUUCUUAUCAACAACGGGAGCCAUAAUAGAUGUUAAAAGAGGAAAAUUAACUUUUGAAGUAGGCGAUGAAAAGAUAAAAUUUAUACUUUCCAAAUUCCUAAUGGCACCAGUCAUAGAAGACUCAUGUUAUGCCAUCGAUAUCAUUGAUGAAUGCAUAAGGGAGCUAGAUUAA